AUGGACCGUGUGCCAAGAGGCACGUCCCUGCAACCGCAGCGCGGCCCCCGGCUCUCGCCUCCUUCCCGGGCGGGGGCUGCGCGUCGCCCCGUCCCGCAAAAUGGAGGCUGGCUGGCGGGUCCCCGGGCCAAGGGCCGGGCCGGCCUCUCCCCUCCUGCCGAGCGCAGCAUCUUCUCGGGCCUGGGCGGUGCCCGGCUGCAAUGCGGGGCUGCGGGCGGCUCCAGCAGAGGAGGAGGAGGAGGAGCCUGCGACCCCUUCCCUCCCGCCCGCCCCGGCGGGGCGCCUAUAAAGCCGGCUCCUCCGCCCGGCGCCGGCGUCUCCUCCGCCCGCCCGCCCCGCCGCCGCUCCUGCCCGGGUCCGCUGGCCGCAGCCAUGAGCGUCCGCGCCACCACCUCGUACCGCCGCACCUUCGGGCCGCCGCCCGCCGCGCUCUCGCCGGGCUCGUACGCCUCGUCGCGCUGGGCCUCGUCGCCGUCGCCCUCGGCCGCGCGGCUGCUGCUGCUGAGCGCGCCGUCGCCCGGGGCCCCGCUGCGCGCCUACCGGAGCGGCGGCCUCGGGGGCGGGCUGGCGCUGCGCUCGGGCGGCGCGGCGCGGGCGGCCUACGGGGGCGAGCGGCUGGACUUCUCGGUGGCGGAGGCGCUGAACCAGGAGUUCCUGGCCACGCGCAGCAACGAGAAGCAGGAGCUGCAGGAGCUCAACGACCGCUUCGCCAGCUUCAUCGAGAAGGUGCGCUACCUGGAGACGCAGAACGCCGCCCUGCGCGCCGAGCUGGGCCAGGCGCGCGCCAGGGAGCCCGCGCGCGCCGCCGACCUCUGCCAGGGGGAGCUGCGCGAGCUGCGCCGCCAGGUGGACGCGCUGGGCAAGGAGCGCGACCGCCUGCAGGUCGACAAGGACAACCUGGCCGAGGACGUGGCCGCGCUCAAGCAGAGGCUGGAGGAGGAGCUGCACAAGCGCGAAGAUGCUGAAAACAACCUGGUCCUGUUCCGCAAGGAUGUGGACGAUGCCACCCUCUCACGCCUGGAGCUGGAGCGCAAGAUUGAAUCGCUCAUGGAUGAGAUCGAAUUCCUCAAGAAACUGCACGAAGAGGAGCUGAACGACAUGCAAGUGAGCAUGCACAGCCAGCAGCAGGUGCAAGUGGAGGUGGAGCAGGCCAAGCCGGACCUGACAGCCGCCCUGCGAGAUAUCCGCACCCAGUACGAGAGCAUCGCUGUCAAGAAUCUGCAGGAGGCCGAAGAGUGGUACAAAUCCAAGUUUGCCGAUCUGUCGGAUGCAGCCAAUCGGAACCACGAGGCGCUUCGCCAGGCCAAGCAGGAGAUGAACGAAUCUCGGCGCCAAAUCCAGAGCCUCACCUGUGAAGUGGAUGGGCUCAAGGGAACAAAUGAAGCCCUGCUGAGGCAGAUGCGGGAUCUGGAGGACCAGUAUGGGGUGGAGAUGAACUCCUACCAGGACAACGUGGCCCGGCUGGAACAGGAGAUCCAGCACAUGAAGGAAGAGAUGGCUCGGCACCUGCGAGAAUACCAGGACCUACUGAAUGUCAAGAUGGCCCUCGACAUCGAGAUUGCCACCUACCGAAAGCUGCUAGAGGGAGAGGAAAGCAGGAUUGCGGUGCCAGUCCAAUCCAUGGCGACCCUCAGUUUCAAAACAACAGUUUCAGAGCCUGAGCCGACGGUAGAAACUCAUACCAGGAAGACGGUUCUGAUCAAAACCAUUGAGACCCGCGAUGGAGAGGUGGUGACCGAGUCCAGGAAAGAGCAGAGAUCGGAGCUAGAAAAGUGACGUCAACCGCACCAGACUCCUACCCUUGCCACAGAGAAGGGCACUCAAGUUAGCCAACAUGCAGAAGUUCUAGCAGCAGAAACCCCCACCCCCACCCCCUCCCCACAAAGUCACACUAGCCUUACUUGUACUGCUGAUAAUACCUCCUACCUCCGACAGCCUUCCCACAGUCUACCAGGCUUCCAGCUCCCCCUUUACGUGUGCCUCUGGUUUCCCUAGGGGUAGUCUGGUUGUGAUUCCAGCAAUAACCACACAUGGUCUGGGGAGUGGAGAUCUCUUCUUCUGCUCUCUUCUUCCUCUGCCUCCUACCUCUUACCUCUUCUUCCACUUGCCUCCUCCUCAUCUUGCCCCAUAAGGCCCUCUUCCGGCCAAAGGAGAGAGUUUCCCUCCUUCAGAGCCAACUCUGAUACGUGGUAAGUCUAGUUAGACACACCAACACAGAAACACCAAAGAAAAUCACAAUCUGUGUUCACUGCCCCAACCAUUUGCUGGACCCAUUAAGAACAACCAUUCCAGAGAGGGAGUCUCAGAAGUUCUCAGUGUGAGAAUCUGGAUCGAAGAUUAUAAUUGCUGAAAUCUUCCCAAGUGUGCCCAAAAUAAACACUUACAAAACAAAUUACUAAAUACUUUUAGUUUUUUAAA